UCGGCCGGUCAGCGGGUCGGUGGGUCUCUCCCGGACUGCUUCGUCGGCAGCGAGUAAAGGCGCCCAGGCUUGGACCAACGGAGCCAUGCCUCUGCGACUCGAUAUCAAGAGAAAGCUAACUGCUCGAUCUGAUCGAGUUAAGAGUGUGGAUUUGCAUCCUUCAGAGCCGUGGAUGUUGGCGAGUCUUUACAAUGGCAGUGUGUGCGUUUGGAAUCAUGAAACACAGACACUGGUGAAAACAUUUGAAGUAUGUGAUCUUCCUGUUCGAGCUGCCAAGUUUGUUGCGAGGAAGAAUUGGGCUGUGACAGGGGCGGAUGACAUGCAGAUUAGAGUGUUCAACUACAACACUCUGGAGAGAGUUCAUAUGUUUGAAGCUCAUUCAGACUACAUUCGCUGUAUUGCUGUUCAUCCAACCCAGCCUUUCAUUCUAACUAGCAGCGAUGACAUGCUUAUUAAACUCUGGGACUGGGAAAAAAAAUGGUCUUGCUCACAAGUGUUUGAAGGACACACCCAUUAUGUUAUGCAGAUUGUGAUCAACCCCAAAGAUAACAAUCAGUUUGCCAGUGCUUCUUUGGACAGGACUAUCAAGGUGUGGCAGCUGGGCUCCUCGUCACCAAACUUCACUCUGGAGGGACAUGAAAAAGGUGUGAACUGCAUUGAUUACUACAGUGGGGGCGACAAACCAUACCUCAUUUCAGGUGCAGAUGACCGUCUUGUGAAAAUAUGGGACUAUCAGAAUAAAACAUGUGUACAGACACUGGAGGGACACGCCCAAAAUGUGUCUUGUGCCAGUUUUCAUCCUGAGCUGCCAAUUAUCAUCACAGGUUCAGAAGAUGGAACCGUGCGUAUUUGGCAUUCAAGCACCUAUCGCCUCGAGAGCACAUUGAAUUAUGGCAUGGAGAGGGUAUGGUGUGUGGCCAGCCUGCGAGGGUCCAACAACGUUGCUUUGGGCUAUGAUGAAGGGAGCAUCAUUGUGAAGCUUGGUCGGGAGGAACCUGCCAUGUCCAUGGAUGCCAAUGGAAAGAUAAUUUGGGCCAAACAUUCAGAAGUCCAGCAGGCCAACCUAAAAGCAAUGGGAGAUGCUGAAAUUAAAGAUGGAGAAAGAUUGCCACUGGCAGUAAAGGAUAUGGGCAGUUGUGAAAUAUACCCUCAGACUAUCCAGCACAAUCCUAAUGGGCGGUUUGUUGUGGUGUGUGGUGAUGGCGAAUAUAUCAUCUACACAGCAAUGGCACUGAGAAACAAGAGCUUUGGGUCUGCCCAGGAGUUUGCGUGGGCCCACGAUUCUUCAGAAUAUGCAAUAAGAGAGAGCAACAGUGUUGUAAAGAUAUUUAAGAACUUUAAGGAAAAAAAAUCAUUUAAACCAGAUUUUGGAGCUGAAAGUAUCUAUGGAGGCUUCUUACUGGGAGUCAGAUCUGUAAAUGGCUUAGCUUUCUAUGACUGGGACAAUACAGAACUCAUACGCAGAAUUGAAAUUCAGCCCAAACACAUUUUCUGGUCUGACUCUGGAGAGCUCGUCUGUAUUGCCACUGAAGAGUCAUUUUUUAUCCUUAAAUAUCUGUCGGAAAAAGUUUUGGCUGCACAGGAAACACAUGAGGGAGUUACUGAAGAUGGCAUUGAAGAUGGCUUUGAAGUUCUUGGUGAGAUUCAGGAAAUUGUGAAAACAGGGCUGUGGGUAGGCGACUGCUUCAUUUACACAAGUUCUGUGAACAGAUUAAAUUAUUAUGUCGGAGGAGAAAUAGUCACCAUUGCCCACUUGGACAGGACGAUGUAUCUCCUGGGCUAUAUCCCUAAAGACAACAGGCUUUAUCUGGGGGAUAAGGAGCUCAACAUCGUUAGCUACUCCCUGCUGGUCUCAGUGCUGGAAUACCAGACAGCUGUCAUGCGGAGAGACUUCAGCAUGGCUGAUAAGGUCCUCCCGACCAUCCCGAAAGAGCAAAGGACCAGGGUUGCUCACUUUUUGGAAAAGCAGGGCUUCAAGCAGCAAGCUCUUACAGUAUCCACAGACCCUGAGCAUCGCUUUGAACUUGCUCUUCAGCUUGGAGAACUAAAAAUUGCGUACCAAUUAGCAGUGGAAGCAGAGUCAGAACAGAAGUGGAAACAACUUGCUGAACUUGCCAUUAGUAAAUGCCAGUUUGGCCUAGCCCAGGAGUGCCUGCACCAUGCACAGGAUUAUGGGGGUCUGUUGCUUUUGGCCACUGCCUCUGGAAAUGCUACUAUGGUGAACAAGCUAGCAGAGGGUGCGGAGAGAGACGGCAAGAAUAAUGUGGCAUUCAUGAGCUACUUUUUACAGGGCAAGCUUGAUGCUUGCCUGGAGCUCUUGAUUAGAACUGGACGACUGCCAGAAGCUGCCUUCCUGGCACGGACUUACUUACCCAGUCAGGUUUCAAGGGUGGUGAAACUCUGGAGAGAAAAUCUCUCAAAAGUCAAUCAGAAAGCAGCAGAAUCCCUUGCUGACCCAACAGAAUAUGAAAACCUUUUUCCUGGAUUAAAAGAAGCCUUCGUUGUAGAAGAAUGGGUGAAGGAAACACAUGCUGACCUGUGGCCGGCCAAACAGUACCCACUUGUCACGCCAAAUGAAGAAAGAAAUGUUAUGGAAGAGGCAAAAGGCUUUGAGCCCUCAAGAUCUGCAUCUCAGCAGGAACUUGAUGGGAAACCUGCUUCUCCUACUCCUGUUAUUGUGGCCCCCCCCACAGACAACAAAGAAGAAAAGACUUUACUUGAACUGGAAGUAGAUUUGGAUAAUUUGGAAUUAGAAGAUAUUGACACAACAGAUAUCAACCUGGAUGAAGAUAUUUUGGAUGACUGAAUAACGUUUCCCAUUUACUCAACUAAACAGAUCAUUAUUAUGGACAGGUAUUGAUCAUCACCGUGACCACAGUGCUUUGGACUCUUGAGAAACUCCUUAGAUUUUUACAUGUAGAUGCUGUGGCCCACUGGGAGCACAAUGCCCUCAUCUUCAGAGGAGUUUAUGUGCAGCAUCUAAAUCACAAUGUUUCCUUGUUAACUAAGACUGCUGUGGGCUUUGAUUUUUUUCAUACUGUUAUUAAGACCAUAUCUCAUAAAAUCUUUUGAAUUAAUGAAGAUACUUCAAAGUUUCCUUUCUGCAUAAUGAAAAUAGGAUUCUAGUUUUAGAAGGCUGAGCCAAAACUACACCUCACCUAGGGAUCAGCCUGCAUUCUCUUUUCUUUGAAUAACUAGUUUCAAACACCAUCAAUCACAUUUUUCUUAGAAUUGAAUAUCCGUGCUAAACCAUUUUCCUUGACCUCAUGGCAUUAUUCCUCUCUAUGUAGCUUUCUUAUGCCUUGCCCUGACUUUGAACUCCAGCUCCUCUGACCUCAUUAAGCUGGGCUCUAGUUAAAUUACCGACUGGCCCAUUUGGUAACACAGAGAGGCAUAGUACUUUUUUUUUCCCUUUCUUGUUACACUGUACUCAUCUGACAUGAUAAGAAAAAUUCAUAACCAGGCACUAAGAUGUACUUCUCAGUUAUCCCCUUGUAGCCUAGGAAAGUGAGCAGAGUAACAAGUUUUUCUUUGUAUUUCUGAUAGAGGCACUACUUGGAAUUUAAAAAACAAAAGAAGUAAUUUUAUAGGGAGAGAACUCCCAAUUUUGACAUUUUUAAACCGCUCAGUAUUAACAGAGAAAACUAGCCAGUAUUUAGUAAAAUGAAAUUUAUUUAAAAAAUAUUGUUAGGAAGCUGCAGAAUUGCUAAUGAAUGCUUCUUGAUAAGCUUGCAGUGUUAAUUCUAUAUAUGCUCCCUUCUGUGCUUCUGUUUCUGCAAAGACCUGUUUAAAAAAAAAGGUUUGAAAAUAAUAGAGCAUAUACGGUUGAUAAAGUUUUUAGUUUUGUGACAUCAGUAACAAACAUUUCUGUAGUAGCAAAGGAAGGUCCCAGUUUAAAACGAAGCCUUCCACAUUUCCAGUACUUUUCUGAUUACCAAACAAACAGUAAGCAUAGUACAUGGACAGAAAACAGUAUCACAGUUAAAGUAAAGUAAUACUAAUUCUAAACACCAGAGGUAUCCAAAUAUGGAUGCCAUCUUUCAGAAAACAAUUAAGAAACCUGACAGUGCUGGAUCAGAAUACAAACCAUUAGGUUCAAGAGGAAUCUGGAGGAUGAGAGGUAGCAAACUGAUUGUUCACUUUAAAGAACGGUUUUUUUCUACCCCACCUAUGAUGUCAUCAUCACUGGUUGUUUUUAUCCUUAGUAAGCUUUAUAACUGCUUUGAAGUAUGCACGAAGUAAUCUUGGGAUAGAAGCCAGAUCCACAAAUACAUGUCUACCCUGAGCAUUAGAAUCUAGAGAUGAAAAUUACACAAUGGUCUCCCCUUCCCUUCCUGAAAAAAAUCGUCUCUCAACAUUUACAGAGACAUCUAUGUUAGCCCAUAGUUUUGAGAGGUAUGCAAUUCCAAAAUGAUAGCGCAGCUAAGGCUUGGCAUUAUACAAGCACUACCCUCCCAACUUCUGGACACCUGAACAGGAAUGUGACCGAACUGGAGGACAGGAAGCGGCACUGGGGACGUGUGCUACCCAGCAGUCCCCCACCACACCCUGCUGGUGACCUGACCACUUAGUUGCCAGUACUGCAAAAAAUAAGGCGGCUACUGCCCCACUGUCUGAACUUCUUGGACUCCAGCAGCAGCUCUGUUUCUACUGUCCAGGCUAAAGAAAUAUGGGAGCUCUGAUCACUCUGGUUCAAGGCCACAAAUCUGUUUAGUUACCAUUAAAUAUGACCCACUUAAAAAUUCUUUCCAACUCAGUCACCCACAGUAGCUAAUGUGAAAAAAGUCCCUUUACCUUAACUAAAUGUAAUCCUUCGGCAGCCUGCUCUUUGGCCUGUUGAGCUGACUGGCCAUCUGGAUGGAGGAUGUGAUAGAGCUGGACCAAGCUGGUGGCAUCAUCGACUCUAGAGGGAAAGGGUUUACUGUUAAAAGGGUUUAUUGCUUUCUUCUUUUUAAAUUUUUGUUUGUACUGUUUUCUUCUUUUGCUUCACAGUCCUAUAAAAUGUGCCAAACUUUAAA